AUGCUCAGUACUUGGUGCUGGUGGUGGUUAUUUCUGAUAAUUCCGGUUGUUAUCGGCAUUAUCUUAGGUUCAUUCUUUCUGUUUAUGAAACGUCAUCGCGGCAGUGGAUAUUUCCUAUCAAAAUUCUCGGCUUUCACUCGCAUACGCUUUAAUCAUUUGGAAAAACGACGGCAGACGUAUUGCCCAGCUAAUGACAAAUGCCAGUGUCAUACGAAUGAGUCAGCAGCACACAUUGAACCAAAUCUCACGUGUCCACAUCGAUCACCGACACUGUACAUGAGUUUUGCUGGUGCUGCAAUGAUUGUUGGUGGUGUUCGAACCACGGAAUGGCGUGGCUCAAUGCAACAAUGCCAUUACAAUACAGAUGAUCAAUUCGAUGCAUUAUUUUUUACCGAUCCAGCUCAAUGUUUCUAUUUGCAGGAUCCCGAUUAUAAUUGGCAAGGUAUAACCUAUUAUCGGAAUUUAGUUGCACUCUAUGCGACCCUUUAUCAGCGAGUUAUUUUGAUUGGCGCUAGUCUUGGUGGUAGUAUGGUUUGCAUGUGUGCCGAUCUAGCAACGUUAUCAAUUGCGUUCAAUCCGAUCUUGGAUCCAACACUACUUGGUUUACCUUGGCGCAUCAUGGGUGCAUUUUGUCCAGCUCGGCAAGCUCAGGUUAUUCGUGAUCAGGUGCAAACAACAAUGGAAAUAAUAGCAGGAAAAAAAACGAAUGAUGACUGUGUUCUACAUAUUCAUUGGAGUCAGUUAUCAGCAGCUGAUCAACGACAAGCACAUCGAAUUAUUGGUGGUGGAAAAUACAAGAAGCCGCGACAAACAAAAUGUCUAACAUCGGUCGCCGAUUUUGACAUCAAUAAUCCUGAUAUAAGUAGUUCAUCGGGUGUCCACGCUUGGCUUCAUCAAUGCUCUCGCCAUGCUCUAGCAAUGCAUCUAAAGCGAACGGAUCAAUUAAUUCCUUUGUUGAAACGUCAUUUGACUGCUCGUUCAAUCGGUUUAACAUCGAUAAGCAGCCAACUAGAUGAAAAAGAACGACAAAACUUUACUAUUGAAUUUCCUUUAUCAACAAAGCUUCUUCAUCAACUCGAUAAAGAUGCUAUUGCGAUUGAUUUAUCUUGA